AUGGCCUCCCAGCUCGUUGCGCUCUCCGAAGUCGAGCGCCUUAGCCCGGCCUGCAUCCGCAUUCUCGGUGGUAACCCUGGCAAGUUCACCUUGCAGGGAACGAACACCUACAUCGUUGGUACCGGCCGCGAGCGGCUGCUCAUUGACACGGCCGAGGGCGUGCCUGCGUGGGCCGACGCCCUGGAACGCACGCUGGCCCAGGAGAGCGCCACACUGUCCGCUGCCGUCAUCACGCAUUGGCACCCAGACCAUGUCGGCGGCAUCAGUCAAGUGCGCAAGUUGGUGCCCGGCGCGACCAUCUACCAGAGCCAGCUGGAGAGCGGCCGGUUAGGCGCGGCCCCUGGCCAGGAGGUGCUUGACAUUGUCGAGGGCCAGGCGUUCUACGUCGAAGGCGCCACACUGCGCGCUGUGCACACGCCUGGCCACACAACGGACCACAUGGCGUUUGUGCUUGAGGAGGAGGGGUCGCUCUUUGCAGGCGACAAUGUGCUGGGACAGGGCACCGCCGUGUUUGAGGACCUGGCCGUCUACCUGCAAAGCCUGGCGCGGAUGCGGGCGCUGUACUCGGAAAAGCGUGGUACCGCCGCUGCCACUCCCAACCGACUCUACCCUGGACAUGGCCCCGUGGUGGAAGACGGGCCGGCCAAGAUCACCGAGUACAUUGAGCACCGCCAGCAGCGCGAGGACCAGGUUGUGCGGCUGCUGCGGUCGCCUGACAAGGUAGCGGCAGCGUCGUCUACAUCGUCGGCAGCAGCGUCUUCAUCGGCAGACGGAAAAUCCCCCUCGUCAUGGACGGCUAUGGAGCUGGUCGAGGUUAUCUACGCCGAUGUUCGCAGAGACCUAUAUCCAGCCGCCGAGCGUGGCCUUGUCCAGAUCUUGCAGAAGCUGGAGGACGAGGGCAGGGUCGUUCAGGACGGGCGGGCGUGGACCUGGCGGGAGCGGUCGCCACUGUGA